CGGGGAGGCCGGGCCAGCGGAGCCGCCCCCUUCCCGCUGCCUGCCCCGGCUCCCGGCUGAGGGCCAGGGCCGUGCCGUGCCGUGCCAUGGCCGCUCCCUGCUACCUGGGCUGGGAUUUCAGCACGCAGCAGUUGAAAGUCAUUGCUAUUGAUGAACAGCUGAGGGUCAUUUAUGAGGAUAAUGUUCAUUUUGAUAAGGACCUUCCAGAAUUUAAGACUCAAGGUGGAGUCUACAUUCACAGUGACAGACUGUCAGUCACUUCACCAGUGCUUAUGUGGGUCAAGGCUCUGGAUAUGAUCUUGGAAAAGAUGAAGUCUUCAGGCUUUAACUUCUCUCAAGUCAGAGCUAUGUCUGGUGCUGGCCAGCAACAUGGGAGUGUGUACUGGAAAAAAGGAAGCAUCCAGAUUUUAAAGAAUGCCUCAUCUGAACUGCCUUUACAUCAAUCACUAAAGGGCUGUUUUUCAGUCAGUGACAGUCCCAUCUGGAUGGAUUCCAGCACAGCCUCCCAGUGCAGAGCCCUGGAGAAAGCCCUGGGGGGAGCUCAGCACUUGGCCAAUGUCACUGGCUCCAGGGCCUAUGAGCGUUUUACAGGAAACCAGAUAGCAAAGAUUUACAGCCAGAAUCCUGAGGUCUACAAGCAAACUGAGAGAAUCUCUUUGGUCAGUAGCUUUGCAGCUUCCCUUUUCCUAGGAGCUUAUGCACCCAUUGAUUACAGUGAUGGUUCUGGUAUGAACUUGCUGCAGAUUUGGGAGAAGGCAUGGUCGAAGCCCUGCCUUGAUGCUUGUGCCCCUGGAUUAGAGGAGAGACUAGGAUGCCCUGUGCCAUCCCACUCAGUCCUGGGGCCCAUUUCUCCAUAUUAUAGUCAACGUUAUGGGUUUAGCCCAGACUGUAAAAUAGUAGCAUUUACAGGAGACAAUCCAGCAUCACUGGCAGGGAUGAGACUUCAAGAAGGAGACAUUGCAAUUAGCCUUGGCACAAGUGACACAUUGUUCCUGUGGAUUCAGGAGCCAACUCCUGCCUUAGAAGGUCAUAUUCUCUGCAAUCCUGUUGAUUCUCAAACAUAUAUGGCCCUUUUAUGUUUUAAGAAUGGCUCCCUGAUGAGAGAGAGGAUCAGAGAUGAGUGUGCUUCAGGCUCCUGGGAUGAAUUCUCCAAAGCUUUAUCAUCAACUGUUGCUGGAAACAGUGGAAACUUGGGCUUCUACUUUGAUGUGAUGGAAAUUACUCCUGAAGCAGUUGGGAUUCACAGAUUCAACAGGGACAACCAAAAGGUUCCAAGGUUUCCAAAGGAAGUAGAAAUACGAGCACUGAUUGAAGGGCAGUUCAUGGCCAAGAGGAUUCAUGCUGAAAAGCUGGGAUAUAAAGUCUUGCCUAGAACAAGGAUUUUGGCUACUGGUGGUGCAUCUCACAAUAAAAAGAUCCUACAGUGCUUCUUUCCACAGGUCCUGUCUGACGUGUUCAAUGCGCCCGUGUUCACCAUCGACACGGCCAACUCUGCUUGUCUGGGAAGUGCUUACAGAGCAAUCCAUGGACUUGUAGCUGAGAGGAAUGUGUCCUUGGCUGAUGUUGUGAAAUUAGCACCAGAGCCCAGAUUGGCUGUUACACCCACCCCAGGGGCUGAGGAGCUCUAUCGUCCACUUCUGAAAAGAUAUGCUGAGCUUGAACAGAAGGUUAUCUACAACCCAGCCUCUUCUUGUCUUGUGAAAUAGAAGCAAAUAAAAUUUAUAUGUUGUCUGAGCAGACUCCCAAGGAGAAGAUCAGAAGAGAUUUGCUCGGAAUUUACUGGAGCUGUUUAAAUCAUUUCAUUCCUCUUUGUAGACAAAUAAUUUUUAAAUGUCUGUGUUUGAGUGUGUUGGUGGGGAAAAAAUUACAUUGUGAUUGAAAACCUGAUUAAAAAAGCAUCAUACUGC